AUGGUUUUAAGUGUAAAUUAUGAAGAAACUCUCAUUAGAUGCUACAUACAUGUCGGCAAUGAAAAGCAAGAUGCUGGGUCUCCUCAAUCCCCACUAGGUGGCAGGACGGAUGUCUUUGAUCUGCCUUUCCACAUGGCUAGAGAUCAACUAGAAGAGAGUUUACGGACCAAGAUGGCUUCUAUUAAGGCACGGAUGGUGCAACUUCAAGAUGCUCAGAAGGGAGCUGAGGUGACAUCCGAAGUGACUGAGAGGGAGCUUGAGCUCGAAGCUCAACUUGUUGAGGCUAGGAGCAUUAUCCAAGAGCAGGUUCUGAUGCCUAUUUUUGAUACAGAUGCAUGAACUUUAGUUUGCUGUCUA